GUGACGUCUUCGAGGAGGACGCGCGCCACUCGUGCGUGACGCGUGCACGCCUCGGGUUUGCUCUAAAACACUUUCGACGAGCUUCAAGUAUGACGAAGUUUUUGAGUUCUUCGUUCGUUGACAAGCUUCAGUCGCGCGAUGGCCGCAAAUGGAAUCAACUGGUCACCAUGGCGACGUCCCGGAAGGCCGCCAUCGACUUCGUCGGGCUUCCGGCGCCGGCGGACGUGGCGAGGCGAGCUGGGCGCGGCGGGGCGGAGCCUGCUGUCCUUCUGGGCGGGGCUGACGCUAGCGUCGUUCUACGGCGCGACCAUGAUCGUCCUCAAGGGGGCGCCGCUGUGGACGUGCGUGUACGGCACGCUAGCUGUGGCGGCCGUGGCGGCCUUCGGGAUGGGCGCGUCCGCACGCGCGCGCGGCGCCGUCGUCAUCAUGAUGCCGGCGCUCUGCUCGGCUCACGGGCGCAACUUCCUGUUGUUGGUGAGCGCGUCGGUGCUGGUUUCGGGUCCGGUGGCCAACACGCUGGAGAAUGCUGAACGAGCCGCCGCCAGCCUGCUCUGCGGCGCCGAGCUGGCGGCCAAUCAAACGCGACAGCUGAUGAGGAAUGCGGCCACGCCCCUCCUGGCCGCGCUGGAUCACAUCCGCCAGAUCGGCAGGAACGCCGCCGCCACGGCGACCAGAAUCAACAAGCUGAUUGGCUCGCUGAGCGACGCCGUCCGCCAUGUUGCUCGUACUCUGAGGAACGUUCUUCACUUCCUGGUGGACAUCAAGGACGUGUGCAACGACAAACUGGGUUCGUCGUACAGGAAGUGCCGCGCCGUCUUCGUCCGGGCCCGAGCCGACUGCACCGCUCAGCUCGGCGACUUUGACUUUCUGUGCGACAUUGUCAGAGACUUCAUGUACCUUUGUGAGCUGUCCAAAGCCCCCAUACUAUUUUGCGCCAUCCCGGAGUACGUCUCCAACCAACUACGGAAGCAUCUGGCCGAACCCGCUAUCUCCGCCUUCCAUCGAUUGCGGAGCCAGUUCGAAUUCGACCUGUCGGUGUCGGCCACCUUGGAGGCGGACGCCAAUGUGAGUCGCUCGCUGCCGGAGUCCGCUCAGGAAAUCCUGGACCAGCUGACCCGGGACUUCAGAGUCUUUGCUGAGCUCAGAGGACCGCUCGUGUGGGCUGGGCUUGUGCUUCUCGCCUGCUCCCUGAUCAGGGCAGUGCGGUACCAGCACAGGUACUUGACAUGCUUGAAUUACGACAACGUUUACAUCAGCGCUCAGUUCAUAGCACUGGACCAUCAGGUGACUUCAGAGGGCGGAGCUUCCAUCCUGCCAAUCACGCGGAGAGAGUCACAGCUGUACAUUAGGCCAUUGUCGCUGCGGCUCACGAGCAGCGAGUGUCGGGCGGCGCUGGUGGGCGUGGCCUGGGUGUCCAGGCAUGCGCUGAUGUCGGCUGUUCUGGUGGCUCUGGACUUCCUGGUCUUUUGGCUUCUGGAUCAGGUGCACUGGCAGGUCCAGCGGGGCGUUGUGGCCAGAGCUCCGGUGACGGUGUCGAUCCAGGUGAACGGCUCGGGCUACAUGGCCGACAUGAUGCGCGACCUGGCGGCGUCCUUCAACGUCCUGCAGACGGGAAACGUCACGGUCAUCAGCGAGAAGUGCCUGCUGACGCCGUCGGAACCCGACUACGCCGCCUACUUCGCCUUAGGCUUCCUGUUGGGCGUGGCCCUGCUGGUGACACUCGCCGGAGGGGCGGUGCAGCGGUCGCGACGCCUCAUCUGCGCCUACUUCCACCCCGACACCGAAAGGGCGCGUAUCCACUUCCUUCGGCAACUGAUCCUGGACGAGCGGCGGGCGACGGGAAGAGCGCUGGUGAGGGCGGCGGCCAGGAGGCCGGCGGGAGGAGCCGAAGCCGGUCGCGGCCAUCUCAGGGCUCUGUUGCGACGGCUACCAGGGGGAGGAGCUUACCGGUCUGACAUUUGCGUGGCCUGCGGCGAGGGGGCGCGGUCUGCCGCCUUCGUCUGCGACGUCCUGCGGUGUCCAGGCGUGUUUUGUAAGGCCUGUUUCAGCAGCGCGGGGAGGAAGUGUGGCGUCUGCGCGCGGCCGGCGACCUACCAGGAAGACAGCCAGGAAGAAGCCGACUCGAGCGAGGACGAGUUGGAGGACGCCAGGGCCGCCGCGAAGGAGGAGGAGGGCCCUGAGCCGCCAUCGGUGGCGUCCUGGUUGCAAAGCCCUUUCUCCUCCGCCAUCUCCUUUCUUCAGGACAUCGGCAGCGGCGCGCGCACGCCACGCUGACGAACUCUGACCUCAUCGGCGAUGUCAAAUAAAGUCAUUUGAAUACAAA